GUUAUUACCUCCAGAAAGAAAAAUUGACAUCUUGCAUCCUGGAAGUUCAUUUAAAAUUCUGAAGUUAGGGACUUCUUUCAAAUUUGGACAUGGCUAAUCGAGGAGCAACAAGACCCAACGGGCCAAAUACUGGAAAUAAAAUAUGCCAGUUCAAACUAGUACUUCUGGGAGAGUCUGCUGUUGGCAAAUCAAGCCUAGUGCUUCGUUUUGUGAAAGGCCAAUUUCAUGAAUUUCAAGAGAGUACCAUUGGGGUAAAGUUUGAAAUAUGGGAUACAGCUGGUCAAGAACGUUACCAUAGCCUAGCACCAAUGUACUACAGAGGAGCACAAGCAGCCAUAGUUGUAUAUGAUAUCACGAAUGAGGAAUCCUUUGCAAGAGCGAAAAACUGGGUUAAAGAACUUCAGAGGCAAGCAAGUCCUAACAUUGUAAUAGCAUUAUCAGGAAACAAGGCUGACCUAGCAAAUAAAAGAGCUGUAGAUUUCCAGGAAGCACAGUCCUAUGCAGAUGAUAACAGUUUAUUGUUCAUGGAGACGUCAGCUAAAACAUCAAUGAAUGUAAAUGAAAUAUUUAUGGCAAUAGCUAAAAAGUUGCCAAAGAACGAACCACAGAAUCCAGGAGCCAAUUCUGCCAGAGGAAGAGGAGUAGACCUUACUGAACCUACACAACCAACCAGGAGUCAGUGUUGUAGUAACUAAAACCUCUAAUUUGAACUAGCUGGAAUAUCCUUCUGCUUCCUAAAUGUUAACAGUGGAAUUGGAACAUUUAACCAGCCCAGUAUGACUUCUAAAAAGAAGAGACUUAAUGAUAGAGUCAAGUUUCUAAUACAGAAUUAUUUUAAGUGUUUUGAACUUAAUUUUUAAUAACAUGCAUGUGUCCCUCUGAGUAACGUUUUACCAAUAGAAGGGAAAAGUAAGAGCUAUGUGUACACUUAUUUUGUUGAAAGGUUAGGAGGAAUCAUUUCUCAUCAGUGGAGAUACAGAGAAAUGACUGUACAGUUAACCAGCCAGUUCCUCCAAACUGGUGUGGUAUAGUAGUUUAUGAGAAAGAAUUGGAACUUACUAAUUUGGGCUUUUCAAAAACAUUCUCUUUUUAGGAGACUCUAAAGAUAUUUAUGCUUAGCUGCAGUAUUCUGGCAAAUGGAAAUUUCUCCUGGUAUCCAUAUUUAAAGUGUACAUUCCAUGUUUUAAUAAAUAAGCCACAAGAACACAGUCCUACAUCUUCAGGAGAGAAAAUGAACACUGGUGGCAUACUGUAUCUAAAUUCAGUCCUGUUGUUUCUUGAACAGUGGUAAAAAUCAUAUGUAA